GUCGUUGCUAACUGAGUCAGAAGACUGAGAGCUUAGAACACAGAAACAGGUGGAGCAUUCUUCUUCUGAUGUGAGAGUGAGAGAGACACUCAAUCCAUUAACCAAUCAGCAUUCACAGAUUUUCCGGUGAACAAACAAUGGACGAGUUUUUGAACACCUGCAAGGUCUCCGGCGACGCCGCAUACGCCGCCCUAAGGUCGGUGCUUGACAAGCUCGAGGAUCCGAAGACUCGUACGGACACUCGGAUCUUCUUGUCGGAGCUUCAGAAACGGUUUCCGACGAAGGAAGAUUGUGAUAGCUGCUUUGAAACCUACCACUUCCGAAUCGAAGACGUGCUUUUGGACCAAAACGAAGGACACAAGGGGAGAAAGAAAUUGACUACGAUGGUGAUUCCUAGCAUAUUUCUGCCAGAGGACUGGUCUUUUACUUUCUUUGAAGGGAUUAAUAGGCACCCGGACUCCAUUUUCAAGGACAGGACUGUUGCCGAGCUAGGCUGUGGAAAUGGGUGGAUAUCCAUUGCCAUUGCUGACAAGUGGUUGCCUUCCAAGGUUUAUGGCCUUGAUAUCAAUCCUAGAGCGAUAAAGAUAUCCUGGAUAAACUUAUAUUUAAAUGCUUUAGAUGAUAAAGGCCAGCUCAUCUAUGAUGAGGAGAAAAAAACUUUGCUGGACAGGGUAGAGUUCUAUGAAUCUGAUCUUCUGUCAUAUUGCAGAGAAAAUCAUAUUCAACUUGACAGAAUUGUAGGAUGCAUACCACAGAUUCUUAAUCCAAAUCCAGAUGCAAUGUCUAAGAUGAUAACAGAAAAUGCAAGUGAAGAAUUCCUUCAUGCAUUGAGUAAUUAUUGUGCACUUCAGGGUUUUGUGGAGGAUCAGGUUGGCUUGGGUUUAAUUGCUAGGGCGGUUGAAGAGGGGAUAUCAGUAAUCAAAGCUGCCGGAAUUAUGAUCUUUAAUAUGGGAGGCCGACCAGGUCAAGCUGUUUGCAAAAGGUUGUUUGAACGACGGGGUUUCUGCAUUACAAAGCUUUGGCAAACCAAAAUUCUUCAGGCUGGUGACACAGAUAUUGCAGCAUUGGUUGAGAUUGAGAAGAACAGCCCCCACCGUUUUGAAUUCUUUAUGGGACUUUCUGGUGAUCAGCCUAUUUGUGCACGGACAGCAUGGGCCUAUGGAAAGGCUGGUGGCAGAAUUUCCCAUGCUUUAUCAGUUUACAGUUGUCAACUUCGUAAUCCUACCCAGAUCAAAGUUAUUUUUGAGUUUCUUAAAAAUGGAUUUCAAGGGAUCAGCAGCUCUCUAGAUUUGUCCUUUGAGGAUGAUUCUGUUGCCGAUGAGAAGAUUCCUUUUUUGGCUUAUCUUGCAAGCACUUUAAAAAAUAGUUCUUAUUUUCCAUACGAGCCACCUGCUGGAAGCAAACGUUUUCGCAAUCUUAUUGCAGGGUUUUUGAAGACUUAUCACCAUAUUCCACUCUCUGCUAAUAAUGUUGUCAUUUUCCCCUCAAGGGCUGCUGCAAUUGAAAAUGCUCUUCACUUGUUCUCGCCUCGCCUUGCUAUUGUUGAUGAACAUCUAACUCGACACCUCCCUAGGAAAUGGUUGACAUCUUUGGCCCUUAAGGGCACAGAAACCAUUGAGCCUUUAGAUGAUGCAAUUACUGUAAUUGAAGCCCCUCGGCAAUCAGAUUUACUGAUAGAACUAAUAAAGAAAUUGAAGCCUCAAGUGGUGGUGACGGGGAUUGCUCAUUUUGAGGCAGUUACUAGUUCAGCUUUUGUGCACCUUCUAGAUACAACACAGGAGAUUGGGUCUCGUCUUUUCUUGGACAUAUCAGAUCACUUUGAGCUAUCCAGUCUUCCAGGAUCAAAUGGUGUCCUUAAGUAUCUUUCAGGAACUCCUUUGCCAUCUCAUGCAGCAAUCAUAUGCGGACUGGUAAAAAACAAGGUUUAUCCAGAUUUAGAAACAGCCUUUGUCGUUACAGAAGAAGAAUCCCUCUUUAGUGCACUGUCCAAAACUGUGGAAUUACUAGAAGGCAAUACUUCAUUGAUUAAUCAAUACUAUUAUGGUUGUAUUUUUCAUGAGCUGCUUGCAUUUCAGCUUUCUGGCCGACAUGCACCAGCUGAGAGAAAGAGCAACAAUGCCAAAUCAGUAGAUAUGAUAGGAUAUUCCGCAGCAGCCUCAUCAGUGCUUGAUAAUGCUGAGCUUUCAAUUAACGGGGUGGAGAGCGACUCUGUUAUUCACAUGGAUGUUGAUCAAACCUUCUUGCCUGUUCCAUCUCCUGUUAAGGGUGCUCUUUUUGAAAGUUUUGCUAGGCAAAACAUGUCAGAAUCCGAGGCUGAUGUUAACACAAGCAUCAAAAACUAUGUUAAAAGCAACUAUGGUUUUCCAACUAAAAGCGGCACUGAAUUUAUAUACGCUGACAAUUCAAAGGCUCUUUUCAAUAAGCUUGUCCUCUGCUGCAUCAAAGAAGCUGGCACCCUCUGUUUUCCGGCUGGAUCAAAUGGGAACUAUGUUUCUUCUGCCAGAUUUUUGAAAGCUGACACAGUGAUAGUCCCUACAGAUGCCAAUGUGGGUUUCAAGUUUACGGAGAAGGCACUCACCAAAGUCUUUGGGACUGUGAAGAACCCAUGGGUGUAUAUUUCUGGCCCUACAGUUAACCCAACAGGCUUAGUUUAUAGCAACAAUGAAAUAGGAGAGAUUUUGAGCACUUGUGCUAAAUUUGGCGCAAGAGUUAUAAUUGAUACAUCGUCUUCUGGUCUCGAGUUUGACAGCAAUGGCUGGGAUUUGGAGCAGUGUUUAUCUAAGUUGAAGUCUUCAUGCAACCCAUCAUUUUGUGUGUCUCUUCUUGGAGGGUUGUCUCUGCCAAUGCUAAACGGUGUUCUCAAAUUCGGGUUUCUUAUUCUAAAUGAGCCGCAUUUGGUUGACACCUUCCAUAGUUUUCCAGGAUUAAUCAGGCCUCACAGUACUGCUAGAUAUGCUAUAAAGAAGUUGCUGGAGCUUAGGGCACAAAAACCUUCAAGUUUAUCAGAUGCUAUUGUUGAAUACACUGCAAUAUUGAAAAACAGGUCUAAGUCUUUGAAAGAGGCACUUGAGCAAAAUGGGUGGGAAGUGCUUGAAUCGUGUGCCGGUGUCUCCGUAGUGGCAAAGCCCUCUGCCUAUCUCAACAAGACUGUUACACUAAAGAUUUUGCCAGAAGGUGAAGGUGGACAAGACAAUGCCACCAUGAAAAUCACACUUGAUGACUCCAAUAUUAGGAAUGCCCUUCUCAAAUCUACUGGACUAUGCAUCAAUAGUGGCUCCUGGACUGGAAUUCCUGGAUACUGUCGUUUCAACAUUGCGUUGGAAGAGAGCGAUUUCAGCAAAGCAUUGGAUUGCAUUAAGAAGUUCAAAGAGAUUGCACUACAUUAAACAAGCUCUGUCAUUAGUGCACACGUGUUCUUUUAGAUUUGAUCAUUAGUGUUUGUGGUCCUUUUCUUGUUUGAGAAAAAAAAAAAAGCAGUGGCUAUGAUGCUUGAAAGGUUAUGCCCAACUUUCAAUUUCUGUUCUUCCACUUAGUGUAGGAUUGUUUUGAUAUAUACACAUAGUAUAAUGGCCACUCAGCAUGCAGUAACUCGCUGCAUUGUGAAAUGUGAACUUCCAACGUUAAAAUGAAAUUGUUUCCCCUUCCCUUAAUGUUAAAGGUUUUAGGAUGUA